AUGGAAGUUGCGCCUGGGCAGGUCGAGACGGAGUUCUCGAUUGUGAGUUUUGGGGGUGAUAAGAAAGCUGCAGCGAAGGUGUAUGAGGGCUGUGAACCAUUGACGGCAGAGGAUGUUGCCGAAGUUAUUGUUUUUCAGGCGAGUAGGAGGGAGAAUGUCGUUGUGGCUGAUGUGCUGUUGUUUCCUAGUCAUCAGGCUAGCGCGACUGUUCUGCAUCGAGAAAAUUGA